CUCCCACCAAGGGAGACGAAUACCGCCAGCUGAAUCGGAGAGAGAGAGAGAGAGAGAGAUCUAGCCAUUGCCAUUUUCCCGGGAAGCCCGAAAGGACAAUAGGUUCGGUCAAAAACCAAGGUAGCUGAGACGGAGAGAGAAGGGCAAGAGGCCCAUAAAUCUCAUCCCUCGUUGGUCUCCUUCUUGUUCAUCGUGGUCAUCUUCUCCUUCUUCGUGGUGGUGUUCUGAUUUUUGUCUUUCCGUUCAGAAUUUUGUGGGUUUCUUCUUUGGGUGGUGAGGUUGUGGAGAAUUUGACGUGAAAAGGGGGGAGAAACAUGGGAGCCAAGAAGGAGGACGACGGGGAACUGCUGCAUUCGUUCAUGAGGAUCGGGUUGAACGAGAAGACCGCAAAGAACACGCUUGUCAACGCGAAGCUGUCCGCGAAUCUGGCAGCCGUCAUCGACGAGGCAAAUAUUGAAAAUGGCUGCGACAAAUCUGUUGGCAACCUCUUGUACACGGUCGCAGCUAAAUUUCCUGCUAAUGCACUUGUUCAUCGGCCACUUCUGCUCGAUUAUAUUGUUACAUUGAAGAUUAAGAAACAAGACCAGUUAGAAGCAGCUCUAUCUUUUCUUGAACUCAAGGGACCUGAAAAUUUUGAAGUAAAAGUUUUUGAAGAAGCUUGUGGUGUCGGGAUCGAUGUUCCCAUUGAAGAGAUUAUAUCUACAGUUGAGAAGGUGUUGGAAGAGAACAUGGCACAGAUACUGGAGCAGCGGUAUAGAAUAAAUGUUGGAAAUCUAUGUGGACAAGUGCGCGAGAGGCACCCAUGGGCUGAUGCAAGAAAUAUCAAGAAAGUGAUAGAUGAGAAGUUGUAUGAGUUACUUGGUGAACGGAAUGAAGCAGACAAUGAAAAACCUAUUAAAAAGAAAAAAGAGAAGGCUGAGAAAGUGAAGGAUGAAGUUCCUGUUGCAGAUGUUUCUCCAGUCCCUCCUGAGGAAGAACUCAAUCCUUUUCUCAUAUUUCCUCAGCCAGAGGAAAAUGUAAAGGUACAUACUGAAAUCCAUUUCAGCAAUGGUACAGUAUGGAGGCCACAUAAUACCAAAGAUAAACUCAAUAAGCACAUGGAGAUAACAAAGGGUAAAGUUUACACCCGUUUCCCUCCCGAACCAAAUGGUUAUCUCCAUAUUGGACAUGCAAAGGCUAUGUUUGUAAGCUUUGGUUUAGCAAAAGAAAGAAAUGGGGACUGUUAUCUCAGGUUUGAUGAUACAAAUCCAGAAGCUGAAAAACAAGAAUAUAUUGAUCAUAUUCAGGAGAUUGUUGAGUGGAUGGGUUGGAAGCCUUUCAAGGUUACUUAUACCAGUGACUAUUUUCAAAUUCUUUAUGACCUCGCAGUAGAUCUGAUAAAGAGAGGUUAUGCAUAUGUUGACCAUCAGACUCCUGACGAGAUAAAGGAAUACAGAGAAAGAAAGGUAGAUAGCCCAUGGAGAAACCGGCCAAUUGAGGAAUCGUUGAAAUUAUUUGAUGAUAUGAGGCGAGGUCUUAUUGAUGAAGGGAAGGCCACAUUGAGGAUGAAACAAGACAUGCAAAGUGAGAAUUACAACAUGUAUGACUUGAUUGCAUAUCGGAUAAAGUUCACUCCUCAUCCGCAUUCAGGGGACAAAUGGUGUGUUUAUCCAAGCUAUGAUUAUGCUCAUUGUCUUGUGGAUGCUAUUGAGAAUGUAACUCAUUCGCUGUGCACUCUUGAGUUUGAGACUCGCCGUGCAUCAUACUAUUGGCUGUUGGAGGCAUUGGACCUCUAUUUGCCCUAUGUAUGGGAGUACUCACGUUUGAAUGUCACCAAUACUGUCAUGUCCAAACGAAAGUUGAAUCGUCUUGUGACUGAGAGGUGGGUAGAUGGCUGGGAUGAUCCCCGAUUAAUGACACUAGCCGGCUUACGACGUAGAGGAGUGACUUCAAGUUCUAUCAAUGCAUUUGUGCGGGGCAUUGGAAUCACCAGAAGUGACAAUAGCAUGAUUCGUCUAGACCGCCUUGAAUUUCAUAUAAGAGAAGAACUGAAUAGAACUGCACCUCGUACUAUGGUUGUAACUUAUCCUCUUAAGGUGGUUAUUACAAAUUUAGAACCAGGCACCAUUAUAAAUCUUGAUGCCAAGAAGUGGCCUGAUGCUCAUGCUGAUGAUGCGUCUGCAUUCUAUAAGGUUCCUUUUACAAAUGUGGUUUAUAUUGAACAAUCAGAUUUCCGGAUUAAGGAUUCAAAGGAUUAUUAUGGCCUUGCUCCUGGUAAAAGUGUCUUGCUCAGAUAUGCAUUUCCGAUAAAAUGUACUGAAGUUAUAUAUGGUGAUGAUAAAGAGACAAUUGUAGAGAUAAGAGCUGAAUAUGAUCCUUUGAAAAAGUCAAAGCCGAAGGGUGUCCUACAUUGGGUGGCACAACCUUCACCGGGGGUGGACCCACUCAAAGUGGAAGUGAGAUUGUUUGACAAAUUGUUCCUGUCAGAGAACCCAGCAGAACUGGAUAAUUGGCUUGGUGACCUCAAUCCCAAUUCCAAAGAGGUGAUACCAGCGGCAUAUGCAGUGCCAACUCUAGCAAGUGCUGUAUUGGGAGACAAAUUUCAGUUUGAACGUCUCGGUUACUUUUCAGUGGAUCCGGACUCUACGUCUGAGAAAAUUGUCUUCAACAGAACUGUGACCUUACGUGAUUCAUAUACCAAGGGCGGAAAUAAGUAACUGCUGGUCCUUAAUAGUGUGCUUGCUAUGCUGAUGGGAGUGUCAGAUCACUAGAUACACAUGAAUACAUACUAGAAAGUCUGUAAGCCUCAGAAAUUAUUAGUUGUAGGCUGCUUAGGUAUCACAGGAAAAUUCUCUCUCAAGAAUGCUGCUGGAAGGAUCUCUCUCUCAUGUCAAUCGAUCAGUAGGGAAAGCCCACAUGAGUUGUGCGAGUGCAAGUCCUUUCUUGAACGUUGACCAACAAAGGGCGCACAGUGAGGCCGUGAGCUGUCAAUUGCUUCUGUUUAAAACAAUAUUUUCGUAUGCUGAUUUUUCACAUAUUAUUAUCACCUGUGCUGGAUCUUAUUCUUCUGGUGUUCAAAGGAUCCUAAUAAUAUUUAAGUUGUACUGCUUGUAAAAAUGUUUAUUCAUCUUAGUAAGAAUCUGCCUCUUCAUAUCUACAAA